AUGGAAAAAUCACAAAAAUCAUUAAUAGCAACUUUAUUGCAGGUUAUUUUUUCUAAUGGUGAAGAAUUGUCUCUUGACGUUAAAAUUAAUUCUUUCAAAAAUAUUUGCGAGUUCUUAAAAUCUGUGGAAAGAUGGCCAUUAUGUGUUGGUGUAAUUAUAAGUGACGAUGCUUACCAAAGAAAUCAAAGAAAUCCAAGAUGUAAAUCAUGUCGAAUUUUACAGAAACGAUUGCAAAGCCGUAAAUCAACUUCAAUUGUUUUAGAGAAAAGUACUGCUAAGAGAUCGUCAAAAUAU